AUGCGCACUGGCCCCGGCAGGUCGGCCGCCCGGCCCCGGGGAAAGCAGUGGCGGUGGCUCCACGGGAGGAUGAAGGAGAUGGUUGGAGGCUGCUGCGUGUGCUCGGAUGAGAGGGGCUGGGCCGAGAACCCGCUGGUCUAUUGUGACGGCCACGGGUGCAAUGUGGCGGUGCACCAAGCAUGCUAUGGGAUUGUACAGGUGCCUACCGGACCAUGGUUCUGUCGAAAGUGUGAGUCACAAGAGCGAGCCGCCAGGGUGAGAUGCGAUCUUUGCCCUCAUAAAGAAGGGGCGCUGAAGAGAACGGACAAUGGAGGUUGGGCUCAUGUGGUCUGUGCAUUAUAUAUCCCUGAGGUUCAGUUUGCAAAUGUUCUAACAAUGGAGCCCAUAGUCCUGCAGUAUGUACCGCAUGACCGCUUCAACAAGACUUGCUAUAUAUGUGAGGACCAGGGGCGAGAAAGCAGGGCUGCCUCAGGGGCCUGUAUGACCUGUAAUAGACAUGGUUGUCGGCAGGCGUUUCAUGUGACAUGCGCCCAGAUGGCUGGUUUGUUAUGUGAGGAGGAGGCUCAGGAAGUGGAUAAUGUCAAGUAUAUUGGAUACUGCAAAUACCACUAUAACAAGAUGGUGCAAGAUCCACAGAAAGUCUCCCGUCUCCCUUGUCCUUUUAUCCCAGGACGGUGUAGCCGGUCAGGUUCCCCUAGUGUAGAGAAGCCAGUCCUGUAUCGGGAACGACAGAAGAAGAGUCACAAGGACAGAGAGAGAGCUCGCCAUCGGAAGCAUCGCGAUUCGCCGGGUCACAUAACCGCCCCUCCAUUGUUACCCAUCUCUACAGAGAAGCUGGAAAGCAGUACAGACAGUCCAGACGUUACAAGGUCAGAGAAGGGGAAAAAACCUCCAGGUCACAGAGGUCGAAAGACAGGAAUCGGCAAAGGAGCCUCAGGAGCUGGUAGCGCUUCCUCUACAGGUAGUGCCUCAUCUCCUCCUGAACUGGUUACAUUUCCCAAAUUGGAAGAGCAGGAAGAAGAAGACGAGGAUGAGGAAGAAGAAGAUGAGGAAGAAGUGGGCCGAUCUUCUAGACCAACACCAUCCUCUCCCCCAGAACUCACUUUUUCUAGCUUUGGCUCUAUUAUGCGUUUUUCAAGCGAUUCAUCAACUCAUACCCGACCGUGGGAUCCCUCUCCUGGUGAGCAUAGACCACAGAGGUGGAGUAGAGAAGGGAGUGAUCCCCCACGAGAGAAGAAACAUAAAGGAAGCAGGAAAAGCAGGCACGGUCCUGGGAGACCCCGGGGGAGCAAAAACAACCCUCCUCACAGCAUUGCCUCCUCUACCUUGCCCCUGCCACCCCGGCUGUAUACUCACUCCUCUUCCCUGCACACCUGUGUCAGCAUGGAGUCACCCCUCAUGUCAUCAGGGAUCUACACCAGUAAUAAGGACCCCAUCUCUUUAAGGACGGCCUGCAGCACACCCCUCCCCUCCAGCAUCUUGUCUCAUCAGAGCUCCCUCACCCCAUACAGCAGAGGCUGCACCAUCACCCCAUCUUCUACCGCUUCCACUACCCAGGUAUUCUCACUGGCAGGCUCUACAUUCAGUAUCCCAUCAUCGCAUAUAUUCGGAAGCUCCCUGUCCAUGCCCCCUCUCCUCAGCCAGGCUGAAAACAAUAGGACAGAGCCUGAGCUGGAAGACUGCAGUUUUAUAUGUAGAGGUAGUUCUCCACGGGAGAGUUUGUCCUCUAUGUCACCGAUCAGUAGCUUGCCUCCUCUGUAUGAUCCAAGUGGUCCCUCUACGCAAAGUGAGAAUAUACCACAAGUGACGGCCAACCUUGAACAACUGCUGGAGAAGCAUGGAGAGGCAGGGGUUAACAUUGUGGAUAUGCUCCAGGCAUUGCACUCUCUGCAGAAGGAAAACCGCUCACUACAAGACCAGAUCUUGAAUCUGACCGCUCGGAAGGAGAAGCUGCAGCUACUCAAUGUCCAGCUGUCUUGUCCCUUUCCCCCUACAUUACCAGCAGUCAAUGUCCCUCACGUGAGCACCCAUGACUCUUUAAGCAAUAAGAGUCCCAAUUCCAAGAGCAGCAUUCGUACUGAAAGCUCUCCUUCUGAGGACCCGCACUCGGGCUGCCCUAGUAGAAGCAGCUCCUGUCUAUCCUUGCACAGCACUCCACCCCCUGGUCCGCUCUCUCAGACUGCUUCAUCGCUUCCCACAAUGGGAGCAGAGCAGCUAAUGAAUGGGCUGGUACGAAGCGCCGGCCCCGCAGCCCCCUCUGCACUGGCAGCCAUUCCUCUUCUCGGAGCUCUGUCUGGGAAUCCUGGAGCGCUAUCACUGAAUAGUAUCCUAGGAAGUAUCGCGGGAGGCCUACAGACAACAUCUGGACAGACUCCGAAUCCUCUGUGCAGCGGGACUGUCAGCGGCCACAUACCAACCAGCCUCUCUCCACUGAGUACACUGUCAGAACAACAGAGGCAGCUAGCGCAACAGCUACAGCAGCUCACCUCCGCUCAUCUCACUGUGGAACAACAAACUGUCCUUUAUCAACUUGUUCAGCACUUACAGCAAUGUCGGGAUUUACAGCGUCUGAUAACCCCACCAGCAGCCCCUUCUCUGCUUCCUGUGACAUCAACUUGUAGCACCAUGGCCUCCUCGCCUGCCCCACCCAUCCUCACCGCCCAAGCCCCCCCCUACCUUGGGUCACAAGGCGAGGGGGGGGUACAGAAGUCAGCAAGAGGAGGUGAGAAGACGCCCACAAACCACGACAAGGGAUGAACCAAACUCCUAUCAUCCACCACAUCUGAACAUUCUCUUCUAAGCCGAGGAGGAGUGGACGGGAGGACGAGGAGAGGAUGUUCCCAGUGUCAUCGGGAGGAGAUGACAUGUCUACAGAGCAGCGUCAAUAUGUGUCGGCCUGCAGUAGAGGUCAUAGUAUGUAGAAUAGCUUGUAAUAUCUGUCUCAGACACAUUCAGAGACUAUGUAUGUGUUCAUGCGGAGUGACGUGUCAUUUCCAUGUAAUGGUCUAUUAGUACAGAUCAUCCUGUAUGUGUCAUACAGAUUGUACACUGCACACGUUACUCGUGCGUCUGUACACAUUUCUAAAUGUUACAUCUACCAGUGACCUCUCCCAUUACCUUUACAGUGGGGGGUCUUAUCUGCCCCCACUCCUCUCUCCUUAUAGUUCGCUUAAUGGAAGUAGAACUGAGUGCACUCGGCCCCUUCCCAUGCUUGUUUCCGUUCUCCGGCGCCAGGGGCGAAGCCUGAAGCACCUUGUGAUACAAAGUAUCAGUCCAUGUGAAGGAUGAGUGCCGGCAAGUUCUUCGCUCUGUUGCACUAUCCUUGUGUUUCUCUGUGUACAUUAGAUCCAUAUUUUAUAGUAUACAUUCACUUGUACACAUAGGUAUACACAAGCAUUUUUUUUUUUUUCUUUUGAUCCUGGUCGUUCAUGUUUCCGUGAGUUCCGUGCAAGGAGCGAUUUAUAUGUAGCAAUUUUCUUGUGAAUCCAUUAGCACAAGAUGUAGAUAUUUGAUAAUUUGUGUAUCUUGGGGUAAGUAAGAAUUUACUGAUCCAUUUUAAAGGGGCCUGGCUUCUUUGUAAUAUAAUCAUUUAUAUAUAUAUAUAUAUAUAUAUAUAUAUAUAUAUAUAUAUAUAUAUAUGUGUGUAUAUAACAAUGUAAGAAAUAUGUCCGGAGCGUUCAGUAGCCCCAGAAUUUUGCACCUUCAAAAAGUCGCUAGAUGCGUCUCAAUGACUGUUUUGUACAGGAAUAGAAUUGUUCUUCUUGAUAGGAUAGGUGUAGGAAACCUUUGUUUGACAAAACAUGCUGGAUAUAUGUGUAUAUAUAUAUAUACGGUAUAUAUAAUUUAAAUUUUUUGAGGCAAGCCAAAAAUUGUCUGCCCUUUUAUUUGAGUCUAAUAUAAUGCAUCUCCCGUGUCAUAAUGCAGGAAAGUUUACCGUUGUCUACAGCCAGGGAUAGGAAAGAAAUGCCCUGUCCUGGGGACUUGUCCUUAGUUCUCAUAAAUAAGGCAACUAGUGAUUGAUCAUCACAAGUUCCAGCAUGUUCUGGUUAAAAGGACAAUCUUGGACUUGUAGUUCCCCAAGAGCUGCAGUGUCAUUGCUUGCUUAUCUAUACUCAAGUAGUUCAGACCAGUCCCUGGAGUAUGUCCAAUGGUGCAGGAAUAUGUAAGAAAUUGUAUAUUUAAAGGGGUACUCCACCCCUAGACAUCUUAUCCCCUAUCCAAAGGAUAGGGGAUAAGAUGUCUGAUCGCGGGGGUCCCGCCGCUGGGUACCCCCGCAAUAUAGCAUGCAGCACCCACCUGUAACUGCUUCCGGCAGCGCUGGAGGUUCUGGCUCCCGACCACGGGAACAGAAGAUUGUGGCGUCACGACUCCGCCCCUGUGUGACAUCACACCCCGCCCCCUCAAUGCAAGUAUAUGGGAGGGGGCGUGACAGCUGUCACGCCCCCUCCCAUAGGCUUGCAUUGAGGGGCAGGCCCGUGACGUCACUAUGCUCCGGCCCCGUGAUCGACAGUAAUCAGACCAUGAGCAAAUAUGCUCCGCGGACUGAUUUUAACGAGGUGCAGCGUGCAAGAUCACGGGGGUCCCCAGCGGUGGGACUCCCGCAAUCAGGCAUCUUAUCCCCUAUCCUUUGGAUAGGGGAUAAGAUGUCUAAGCGCCGGAGUACCCCUUUAAGAGAUUUUCUUAUAUUAGGCACAAAUGGAAUAUCCACAGGAUUUUCAUCUAGUGUCGUAAUAGGUCGGGGUUACCCCCCUGCAAAAAAAAAAAGUAUCCAGUGACCCCCAGUUUGCUGAUUUAAAGUGCAGCUCUCUCCAUUAGAGUGUAUGAUGGAAGUAAAAUACAGUAGUUUGGUGCUGUUUUGUAUCAGCAAAAAGGGCCAUUCUCCUACAGAGGAAGAGAAGAUAUUACAAUAUAAGGCAGAGGACUGUGCCUAGACUGUAAAAGUCUUUUAUUCUUUGAAAUGGUUUGGACUCACACUUACCACUCCCACGUUGCAUUUCGAUAUAUCCCUUGCAUACACACGUGCUCCCCUACCACCAUAUGUGCAGCCAUGUAUAGACUGUAUGCAUGGCUGCUCACUUUAUAUUCGCCGGGUCGGGUGAAUGUACUGUGCCGAACAGGUGAUCAGCGAUGCAUACCAUCACCAAUCACUACCGGGCAGGUGCAGAGAGUGCAGCAAUAGACAGGAGUCCCUGCACCUUUAUGUACUUUGAUGUAUUAUAAACGGCUGAGGAGGAUAUAUCAAUGAAACAGAUGUAUCAACAAUGGCAAUAAGGCUAUUAUGCAUAUGAAAGAGCAUAGUUGCAAGUCAACCGGGAGAUGAAUCAAUCCAUCGAAUAAAUUAUAACUUAUGACGGACUGGUAGAUUAUACUGUGUCUAGUUGUCCUGGCUUGGUUACACUCCAUGUUUUUAUGUGUCAUUGUAUUUUUUCUAUAUACAGAUUUGUACUGGCUUUAGCACAAUGGCACUUCUCAUAUUAUUCUCAUCCGUCCGCUAUUAUUGCAGGGUACUAUUGUAUAGUUGUCCUGACUGGGCUACGGAGGGUGCACCUAGGAUGUCAUGGGAAGGCAUUAGGAGACAGUGCUGUAUUCAAUGCACCUUAUUGUCCAUUAUUCUCUUUAGCCUUUUAGCAGUAAUAAACCUUAUCCUAUUAUCCUGUUAACGUUUACCAUAGAAUCCUGUUUCAGAUGUAAAGGAAAAAUGUAUUUAAAGGGGUACUCCGUUCCCUUGCUUUCGGAGCUCCGCUCCCCAGCGUCGGGAAGUUAUUGUUCCGAACGAU